AUGAGCUGCGCGGGGGCGGCGGCGGUUCGCUCCCUGUGGCGGCUGCGCACGGGCGCCCUGCGGCCUCUCCCAGCUUAUGGAAGAAGAAUCAGUGUCAGAUUUUACAGUUCAGGAAUGACCUUAGACAAUAUCAAUUGGGCAGCUGUGGAUCGAAUAAUCCGGGUGGAUCAUGCAGGUGAAUAUGGAGCGAACCGAAUCUACGCAGGGCAGAUGGCCGUCCUGGGUCGGACAAGUGUGGGGCCAGUCAUUCAGAAAAUGUGGGAUCAAGAAAAGGACCACUUGAAAAAGUUCAACGAGUUGAUGGUUGCAUUUAGGGUGCGGCCCACCAUUCUGAUGCCCUUCUGGAACGUGGUGGGGUUUGCACUGGGUGCGGGAACCGCCCUGCUUGGGAAGGAGGGAGCAAUGGCCUGCACUGUGGCUGUGGAAGAGUCUAUAGCACAUCACUACAACAACCAGAUCAGGACGUUGAUGGAGGAGGAUCCUGAAAAAUAUGAGGAACUUCUUCAGGUGAUAAGGAAAUUUCGGGAUGAAGAGCUCGAGCACCAUGACAUAGGCCUUGAACAUGACGCACAGCUGGCUCCAGCAUAUGCUGUUUUGAAGAGCGUUAUCCAGGCCGGAUGCCGUGUGGCAAUAUAUUUAUCAGAAAGGUUUUAA